AAACGGAGAAGAAUUUAGACCCAAAACACGAUAGUUUGAAGAGAAAAACCUUAUCCCAAGAUAACCCACAAUUUGUGAUAUUUCACUCCAUCAUGAAAAUCCUGCUCAAUUUUCAUUCCUUAAACAUCUAUUCAGGAUAUGGUAAGUAAAGCGUGGAGAUUAGUUACAGCCCUUGACUAAACGAUGGUAAAAGGAAUUAGCAUAGCAAAUUGAAUUAUUGCAGAGCUCUAAGUCUUUUGUGGUCUGGAAUCUGGAUUCGUUGACUUUCAAAAGCGAUCAGAUGAGUUCGAUGGAAACAAGUCCCUUCAUCUUCAUGAUCAUCUGAAAACUUCAAUUGAUGCACUGAAUAUAUAUAUGGUUUCAUGUUCAACACUUUGUUAAUUGCACUAAAGUUUUCAACUUCAACUGAAAUCUGAUCCUCGGACGCAAGUAUCCUCUCCUCGUGAUCUGACGACUUCCAUCUAUGACUACUUGUGAGUCUUGAUUGGUAUUGCUUAACAGAUCAAACUUCCAAUUCAAGAAACUAUGGCGGCAGACACUUUUCUUGUGGCAUUCCUCCAAGUGCUGGUUGACAAGUUGGCACAACGCGAGGUCUUCAAGUACUUUGGACUCGUAAAGGGCAUCGAUCAGAAACUGAAGAAGUGGAGUGCCACCUUGUCUGCAAUUGGAGCGGUGCUGAAUGACGCGGAGGAAAGGCAACUGACGGCUGAGAGCAACGCACUGAAGCUCUGGCUCGAUGAUCUCAUGGAUUUGGCUUUUGAUGCGGAAGACGUGUUGGAUAAAUAUCAUACUAAAAUGUUGAAACGUCAGAUACAACAUGCUCAUUUCAUCACAACAAGCAAAGCAUGGAAAUCGAUUCCUAAUCGUGUUUUCAACUUCAAAAUGAACUUGGAAAUACAGAAGAUUACUGAGCGAUUACAAGAGAUAUCUGAAAGAAAAGACCAGCUUAGUUUGAAAUUUGAUACUGGGACGUUGACUACAAGGGCACAUCAACACAUAUCGCCUAGUUCUAGUCUACCAGAUGGACCUGUGAUUGGAAGGGCGGAGGACAAAAGGAAGAUUGUUGAGCUGCUGUCAAAGCAAGAGCAUCGUGCUGUCAAUUUCGAUGUAGUUGCAAUUUAUGGAGAUUCUUGA